AUGGUUGGCUCACGAGUAUACGUUGGUGGUUUACCCCGUAAUACACGGGAACGUGAUUUAGAACGGUUCUUCAAAGGCUACGGAAGGAUAUGUGACAUCAUGAUUAAAAACGGCUAUGCUUUCGUGGAAUUCGAGGACCACCAAGAUGCGGACGAUGCCGUCUAUGAAUUGGACGGCAAAGAUCUAUUGGGCGAAAGGGUGUCCGUUGAGCAAGCUAGAGGGAAACCCCGUGGAGGUGAUGUACGACGGGGUGGACGCUCUGAAAAGGCCCGGGGUGGAUCUCGGUACGGGCCUCCGAGAAGGUCCAAGUAUCGUGUGAUUGUGAAGAAUGUCUCAUCAAGUGUAAGCUGGCAGGAUUUAAAAGACUACCUUCGUCAAGCCGGGGAAGUCAUCUAUGCCGAUACUCAUCGGCCAAGGAGGAAUGAAGGAAUAGUCGAGUUUGAAACGAGGAGAGAUAUGGAGAAGGCGAUCGAUAAAAUGGAUGACACCGAAUUAAAUGGCCGUCGUAUUCGAUUGAUAGAGGACGAUGGAGGUCGCAACAAACGUGGACGAUCUCGUUCAUUGGACAGUCGCUCCCGAUCACGAUCGCGUUGUCGUUCUCGAUCACGAUCUGGCAGUUAUUAUCGCACUCGCUCAGAAUCAAGGAGCAGAUCGAAAUAUUGUUCUCGAUCUCGUUCAAAGUCAGAACGUCGGUUUCGCUCGCGAUCCAACUCAAAGGAUAACAAAUCACGCUCUCGUUCGCGCUCCAAGGAUACGGCCCGCUCUCGUUCUCGUUCCAAAUCGGAGCGUCAUUCAACCAGUCGAUCAAAAUCAAAAGACAACAAAGGUCGUUCUCGUUCAAAGUCUUACUCACGCUCCCGCUCGCGAUCCUCUUCACGUUCCCACUCUGGCUCUAAAACUCGAUGA